AUGUGUACAGUGCCGGAAGAUUUAGCAGCUGUUGUUUCUUCGUCUCCGGCUAUAUCUUCUCAUUCCUCUGUAUCUUCUCCCAAUAUUUCUCUUCCUAGAUCAAAAUUUUCCCCCUUAAAUCGUCGGAAAAGACGUCGAGAAUUUGAGCGUCAAUCGACAUCAACCACGGCGGCGGCGGUGACCACAAAGUCCACGCCGAGUUCAACGGCGUCUCAGCCAGCAAUGCGAGAGACAGAGACUAGUAAUUCAGCCCCGUUAAUAGACGCAGAUUCAACUCCUAUAACAACAUCAAAUAAUUCUACUCUUUCUUCAAGUUCUACUAUUGCAUCAAACGCAGAUAGCACACUUUUGAGGAAAUUAUUAGGAGGGGCUGAUCUGGCCUCAGUUCGUAAUCACAGCGUUCUGGUGGAUACCAAUUUCUCCCUUCGUCGAACAUCUUCUAUGUCAACAACCUCCUCACGCUAUAGAGCAUCGCUAAAUACCUCCGAUCCUAACUCUGACGAUAAACGUCGACGAAGGUCGACAAUGUACAGUCAACGAACUCAAAUAACUCGAAAAGAUUCAGAUCACGAAGAGGAAAUUGACCAUCGGCCUUGUAAACGGCCGAAGGAAUCUCUCGGACCUGAAAUUACCGCAAAAAGUGGAAAUAGUUCUCCCCUUCUUCCUAUAAAAGUUGAGUCACGUGACCCUGAAGAUCAUCCUUCCUAUUCUACCUCCUCCUCUAAUCCAUCCGGUAAUCCAUCAAACAUUAGCGACGUUAUCGAAAAAUCGAUGUCAAAGUUUCCUGGUAAACCCUCUACACGCUGGAGACUGAAAAGUCCUUCACACCAAUCGCCUCAUAGUUUAAGUCCUCCUGCCGGAGCAAGCACAAAUCGUCAAGAUCUUACUGAGCCAUCUCCAAUGCGUCCUAGAGCUAGAACAACAUCAGAAUUGGAUAUAAUCCGGAUGUUCGCUGGGGCUAAAUGUCCCAUAGAGCGAAUCGGUUUGGAUAAUUUUGAUUCUCUUAAAGUUGGAAAGCUAGGGACUCUUACUUCCCACAAAAGUGAUUUAUUCAGACGUGGGGAUGCCGGUGACAAACCCUCCGAUAUAACCUCUCCCUUGAGUCAGCUCCUUGAGUCAACACCACCGUAUAGUGGAAGCGGAACUGGUACAAUUCAUCCCAGAGCUAACACCACAACUUCUGUUUUCCAUUGGCCUUUGGAUAACAACAUGAAAGGUUCUAACUCCUCGAUGACCCGCCUAGGAAACCCUUUCUCUGCAAAUGGAUCUAAACACUAUUCAGCUUCAGUUCAUCGUCAACAACCGCCACUCCAACAGCAUCAUCAACAAUCUUCGUCUUCUUCCGCAGAUCAUCACCUUGAUAUGCUAAAUCUGACGAAACCUAAUCAGUCUACUGUUUCCACAGAUACCGUAGCUUCUAUUCUUGCCGCAUCUUCACGAUUUCUGCAGGGAAUACGUGAAGAACAAGUGUUGAAUUUCAGUCAAAAAGACGUGGUGUCCGUAUCACGUCAAUUACCCCCUGUACAUCCCCCUAAUCCUCCUCUACCAAUUUCUUCUCUCACUACGGAUGAUAUUCUUCAUUGGUCGCCAGGUCAUCUUGCUGCCUUGCAGCAACUUUUUCGUCUCUCUGAUUCCUCGAAUCCCACCCCUGGUGUCAAUCAAUCAAUGCCACCCAGGCCCGCUGUCACCGUGUCAGAUAGUCAAGCCGACAAACUUCCUAUUCGCCUCGCUUCUAGCAAUCGGUUAACUCUUUGUCGACGGGUAGCUGAGUGGAUGUUAGUUGCAAAUACCUGGACUAUGCAGAUGUGUCCAACGCCCAUAAUGCCCGAAAACUCUUUACUAGCCACAGCAGCUACCUAUCGGUAUUGUCGUUGCUCGGAAGCUGAACUUACCAUGUCUCAUCCAAUUGAUAUGCGUCUAGAGAUGCCACGACUUGGUCCCGGAUUGCAAGCUGUUUUACGUCGUAUUUGGCCACAAUUACUUCUUGCCUCCAUGAUAAGAGAAAACUUCUCUUUCACCACUGCACCUAUUCCAGCUGCAGAAUUAUCCAGUCUCCUUGGAAACUCUUCUUCUCGGGAAGGAGGUGGAUCGGAUCUAAAUAUUGCUAAGGCAGGGACUGCUAAUGCCCUGAAGAAUUUAAUUACCGAUGGGAACCAGCUUCUCUUGGAUACACAAAUCUUUGAGUGCGUCAGAAAAUGCAUCUUCGCUCAACAUGCCUAUCCAGACUACUAUCCUGUGUCUUAUGCUAGCGCUAUAGAAGAGUUGAAACAGUGCUGUCAUCGUUGUUCAGGUGACUUGACUCUUUUUCACAGUGUGGUUCUGCUAAUGAACGAGAUGCAAUCGAUAAAUCCUGAGAAUUUACAUUGCUUAUUUUCAAUCGAUCGCCUCUCUGGCCUAUUUGUUCCAGCUUCGGAUUCCACAUCGUCAUCUUAA